AUGGUCUCUUCCCCGUCCCCCCGCGCCCUGUCUGCUCCGGGUGCCCUGCCGAUAGUGCACGGCCCUGGCCUCCACGGUCGGGUGCGUCGCGCUGUCGCCGCUGCGACGCAGAACGUGCAUCGGACCGACCACGUCCUGCUGCCAGAGGGGCAGGUAGCCCGCGGCCGGCAGGGCCUGGGCGAGGAAGAAUCUGUACCAGUGGACGCUGUGCCGUUGGCGGGACGGUUCGCAAUGAUGGUACUGGAGGCGUUGGUGCUGGUGCAACUGGGGUAGUUGGCGUUUGAUGAGGCCGGGAUGCUCUGGAUGCUGCUGCUACUGCACCAGCUGUGGUUCCGGUUGCUGCGGCCACGGACAGGGCUCCGGGAAGGAGGCCUGCAGCAGCAUCACUCCUUCGACCCGCAGGUGGACGCGGUGGUCGCUCGCUCAUGGCGGUCCGUGCGGUCAGGUGCGCUGGU